UCAGGUAGGCUUACAGAUCUUAGGGAGAAGAGUCAUGUGUUUGAACACUGGCCACCCCUGCAAGUGUUUGACCGAUGGCAAUCCCUGUGAACCAUGCAGGAUGACGGCCAAAGACAGGGAAACAGAGGAGGUCCACCUGUCCAACAAUGUCAACGCGGGGAGUCAAGUGGGGAGCACACGUGGACCCGACCUGAACAUCUCUUCUUAUGGAGCUGCGAGGGAGAGGGGCCGAAACUGGGGGUGGAUGCUGUCUGGGAUCAUCUGUGUGAACGUUUUGAUACUGGGCUGCGCCUUGGCCACUGGCAGCGCUCGUGACGACGUCAACAUCAAAAACACUGACCUGCAGAUUUAUCUCAUUAUCCUCCUCCUCCUCACUUCUAUCUGGAUGAUUUACUAUGUGAUCUACACAGCCACAACAGAAACUGCUAUUGUUUACCAGGAUGCCCAUGCUGGACCAAUAUGGCUCAGGGGAGGACUUGUGCUGUUUGGACUGCUCAGUAUUAUCAUGGACAUUUUCAAGAUAGCCAGCUAUGUAGGCUACCUCCACUGUGAUUCUGGUGUUAAGGUUGCAUUCCCUGUGGUGCAAUUUGUAUUCAUUCUUGUGCAGACAUACUUCUUGUGGGUCCAUGCCAAGGAUUGUGUGCAGCUACAAAGGAACUUUACACGCUGUGGGCUCAUGCUCACCCUCUCCACAAAUCUGGUCGUGUGGAUGACAGCGGUCAUGGAGGAGUCCCUUCACCAAACAACAGUUCCUGAGGAUCCCAGCUACAACACCACCAAACUCCAUGGACGAAGCUUGUAUAUCAAUAGAGCAGGUUAUGGCGACAGUAAGUGCAAGUGCAGCCACAGCUCAUGCAGCAUCUUCAAGGAGGCCUACUACUACUUGUACCCCUUCAAUAUAGAGUACAGUCUCUUUGCUUCUGCCAUGGCCUACGUCAUGUGGAAAAAUGUGAGCCGAGUAGCAGAUGAACAUGGCCACCACAACAUCAAAUUCCGCCUGCAGGAUAUAUUUCUUGCUCCUGUAACGGGAAUUCUCUUAGUGGUGGCAGGUCUGGCAACCUUCAUCUCAUACGAGAUGGAAAUUAAAAAGGACGAUAAUAAUGAUUACAAGAGAGACAAAGCUCUCAUGAUGCACUUUGUCAUGAAUAUAGUCAUAGUGACCACAAUGUCCGUUUCCUCUGUGAUUGGUUGCGCGAUCUACAAGGUGGACCACAGGGAGCACGUGUCCGAGAAAAACCCCACGCGCAGCCUGGAUGUGGGGCUGCUGGUGGGAGCCUCACUGGGACAAUUCAUCAUCAGCUAUUUCACCAUUAUAGCCAUGAUUGGAACCGGAGUCAAAGGCUACCUAAAUAGUCUCAACCUGGCCUGGGCUAUCUUGAUGGUGAUCCAGAUGGGUCUGCAGAACUUUUUCAUAAUCGAAGGUCUGCAUCGGGAGCCCUUCCAUGAGGUGCACCCGGUCACUGUGGUUGCAAAUCCGUACGUGCUGCAGCCAAGCAAAGAGCUGAGCAACCUUGAAGCACCAGACAUGGACACAAAGCCCAGCCCAGCACCCACAGAGCACAGCUUACAUGCCCACACACCUGAGCAUAGACCCAAACUGUCAUGGAAGAGGCGGGUGUUGAAGGAGGUCUGUGCGUUUCUGCUGAUGGGCAACAUCAUACUGUGGAUCAUGCCGGCAUUUGGUGCUCGUCCCCAGUUUGAUCUUGACACUGAGAGUAAAUUCUACAACUUCAACAUGUGGGCUGCUAUUGUCAAUGUUGGACUUCCUUUUGGCAUCUUUUACCGCAUGCAUUCAGUUGCCAGUCUGUUUGAGGUUUUUCUGACCUCAUAAGGCUGCAGGAAGAGAAAAGGCAUCAAGCCAACUGUUUUGACAUUAUAAAACUGUUUGUAUAAAUUGUUCUCUGUUUUGACGAUGCUUCUCUAUAACAAAGUUGUUAUUACUUUUUGUUUAUAAGGUAGAUAAUGACUGACAUCGCAUUAUAUCGCUCGUUACGUAAUAACCUGUACAUUUGACAAUGUAAAUGUAUUCACAAUGUUAUUUUCAAAAGGUAAAAAAAAAAAAAAAAUCACUGUGAAGCUGAAUCUUGCACAAAUGCUUUUGACUAGGUAUGCACAUUUAAUAGGGGUAUAAAAUAAGCAAUAAAAUAAGCUGAAUGAAA